AUGGCAUCCCUCAAGCCAAUCCUGAAUUCGCUCCUGCGAUCGCUGCCACCAGGCCCUAUCGACAAGGCGGCACUCGACUCGCUUGUUCGUGACACGCUUUCACAGGCGGACGCAAAAUCGAGCCCGGAGAACCGCAAAACACAAUGGGAGUACCUACUCAAAGAGCAAGUCCUAACAUUGGCUUCAAACGAAGGAGGGGCUUUGGACGACCCUGACACAACGUAUUACGACCAACUCCGAGACAUGCUUGAUGUGGUACUAACAUUCACUGAACAAGAUGCAUGCGACCCGACUUUCCCGUUUACUACUCUGCAAGAUCUCAUUGAGACACACACCAUCGCCUCCUGCUCUCACCUCUUCUCCUGGAUCGAGUCUCGUGCGAACCGUCUCACUGCCGGAAUGGUGCCACAGAAGGGGAAGGCGCUCGUCCUCCUCCGAAUGCUUAAUGACCUUUUGCGCCGACUCUCGAAGAUGGGCGACGCCACGGUGUUCUGUGGUAGAAUAUUGUCGUUCUUAAGUGCCGUGUUCCCGUUGGGCGAGCGUAGUGGCGUGAACCUCAGAGGAGAAUAUGGGCCGACAUGGGAGGGUGUGAUGGAGGCGGUAGUGAAGGAAGACGGCAGUUCAGGGGGGAUGGACGUUGACGAGAAGAUGAAGCCACCGGAGAACGCACUGGGCGAGCCAGGGGAUACCAAAAUGCAGGUGGAUGAAGAAAACCCUUCUCCGUCCAAAUCAUCCUCAGGAUCCGAUGACUUCUACUCGACAUUCUGGUUCCUACAAUUACCGUUCUCCAAACCCCCAGUGUUCGCGGAACCAGGGAUGUUCGCCCGCUUCAAGACCGCCGUGAAUAAGGUUCUUCCCGUGAUCCACGAGGCGAAUGCGAAGGAGCGCCUCUUGAUAGGCAGCAGCAGCAAAACGCAUGCUGCUGCAGUGAAGUCCCAAGUAACUCCAAAGCGGAAGCGUGAUGCGAUCGACACGGACGGAGAUGAGGAAGAUGUUGGGACCAACGACUACUUCUUCGCUAAGUUCCUGACGAGCCCUGAACUUUUAGAUCUAGAGAUUGCAGACAGUCACUUCCGACGACAAUUCCUCUUUCAACUCCUCAUUCUCCUUCAACACCUUCAGACUUUCACUAGAAACGCCAAGGCUGCCUGGUAUACGCCACGAAAUCGUUCAUUGCAGAUGGAUUUCACACUGGAGACCGCAGAUCCGAAUGUGAAGGGGAAGUCUGCGAGUGAUCUCCAAUGGGUCUCGGAGACUAUGCACAAAGCUAUUGACGAGCUGCGCCAGACAGCUCCCAAUGGGCGUGGAUUUUCAGACACAGUUCGAGUGAUACUGGAGCGUGAACGGAACUGGGUAAGGUGGAAGAACGAAUUGUGCGCACCAUUUGAUCGGGAACCAUGGGCGCAAGAGAUAGAAGAGGAAACGGAGGAUGACUCGAAGGAGAGGAAAAGGCGGCGCGUCGGGCUUGAGGAAGCCACGGCAGGGGCGAGGAAGAAGAUGCAAGAGGAUCCACCUGAAUGGCCCCAUGCUCUUGGCUCGGAGGCGCUGACAGAGAUCUGGGAGAUGGGAUACAGGGACUUAGACGAUCUCCAACGACCUUUCCAUCCUGACGACCCGAAAGUAUACGCAAAAAGGAUACAAAUGGUGGACAAGCGGAUCGAGAUGCGGAAAAAGCAAUUGGAGGCUCGAGCAGAGCAAGAAGCGCGAGAACUGGCAAAGGUCCUCCCCGCGAUAGCACCAAUACCCGCCGCUUCGCCGACACAUGCACCGUCUCCCGCCCCCGCGUCCACGAGCCAGACUUCUUCCGCGCCUGCUUCCCAGCAAACAGACGUACAGAUGUCCGAGCCCAUUCCGCAGUCCACGGCUCAUCUUGCCGCGACAAGCCCACCUCUACACCCGUCUCUCCCGGCCAAACCCGGUACAUUGACCGUGCCCACAGCGCCACCCAAACCUGCGGUAUCAACACCUACUGUAGAGGUACCACCGCCCGCGCCUGUUCCAUCUCCUGUGAUUGCUGUACCGGUAACGGCAACGCCCACGGUAGAAACCAAGCAAGAAACCCCCAAACCGGACCCCAAGUUCUCCUCGGAUUCGCAGCUGGCAGCGUUGGAACAAUCCAAGCAACGCUGGGCAUGGCUCGCGUUGCGUGGUUCUCGAGACACCCACUUGGCACACUUCGCUAAGAUCGGGACAGGAGAUGUUCUCGCGCUGGUCGCAGAGAUCGAAAAGUCUGUUGAGAAAGAAAAGGAGGCAAAAGACAUAGCCGAGAGGAGACCAGAAGGCGGGGCGAGCAUUGCUGGGGAGGAGAGGGAUGUGGGCAGCCCGGCCACUGUUGUGCCCGAGGUAGCAGGAUAG